GUCCAGCAUCAUAGCAUCGGACGGCUGUUUUUGCCAAAUAGUGUCAUAAACAUAUAAUUGAUAUUGUAAAAUGUCAAAACUGGGAUUUAAUCAUACUUCAUGUGAAACAAUUCCAAAGAAAUAAUAAACGAUUACUGUCUGCACAACAAGCCAAUCAAAAUAUAGCCAAAACGCGCCAGUGGGUACAGUGGGACUAGGCAACAACAAAAUGGUCGAUCCACUGUGCAAUUACAAUGUGUUGGAGUCGAUAUUCUCAUAUUUGGAGCUGAACGAUUUGAAUCGAUGUUCGCAAGUGUGCAAAAGCUGGUAUCACUUCCUGAACGAUGAGAACAGCGACGUUUGGCGAUGGCACUGCCUACGCAAGCUGCCCAAGGAGGCUGUCAAAUCGGACCUGCUAUCCUCCGUCACCACAUACAAGACUAAGCUGCGAGCGUACCUGCAUGCCUGGAGUCCCAACGAUUGCUCCCGCAAUGUCUAUGUUAAGCCCAACGGAUUCACCCUGCAUCGAAAUCCGGUUGCACAAAGUACGGAUGCGGCACGAGGUAAAAUUGGAUUCCGUCAUGGAAGACAUGCAUGGGAAGUGAUUUGGGAGGGUCCGCUGGGUACAGUGGCUGUAAUUGGCAUUUCCACAAAGGAGGCAGCACUGCAGUGUCAUGGCUAUGUGGCACUGUUGGGCUCCGAUGAUCAGAGCUGGGGCUGGAACCUAGUUGAGAACCAUCUAUUGCAUAACGGUGAUACGCAGGGCAGUUAUCCGUUACUAAAUAAUGCACCCAAAUAUCAGGUUGGCGAACGCAUUCGCGUCAUCCUCGAUUGCGAUGAUAAUACUCUGUCAUUUGAGAAGAACUAUGAGUUUCUAGGCGUAGCGUUUAGAGGUCUACCAGAUAAGAAGCUUUAUCCUACAGUAUCUGCUGUUUAUGGCAACACUGAAGUGUCUAUGGUCUAUUUGGGAACUCCAUUGGAUGGUUAACUAUUGGGAGCACAGAUGAGGCCUUACUGCCGUACAAUGUGUAAAAUUAAUAUUACCAUAUAUAUAUAUAAUAUAUAAAUGUAUGUAUGUUUUUGUAUAUUGGUUUAGAUUUCGUUCCCUCCGUGCAGUUUUUUUUGUUGUUUUUUAUACAUUCUGUCUAGUUUCUAGUUUCUUUGUACAAACAAAAAAUAAAAAUAUGUGCAUUUUGUUGAUUUUAGAUUACGCCAAAGUUAAA